AUGCACCAUUGCUCUACACCACCUGCGCUCGCCCAACAACACCCCUGCAAGAAACAGUUCCAGCCGAGCAUCACGACCUAUUUUGACGCCCGGGACGGCUUGCACAACUGCCACCACCUGCCGGGCCUCGACCCACUCACCCGUCCGCGGCACCAAAACACACGGCCAAUUGCCCACCCCCGACACCACCUUGCCUCCAACGCCCCUCCCCACGGCCAGGCAGAUCUGCUGAGCGUUGGCAUGCGAGUACGCAAGAGCGUGCCCGAAGGCUGCAAGACGCACAAGAUGCUCUCCUCGCCCGCGGACCGCUUCGCUAGGGCGAGGCCUCGCCUGGACAUCAAGCCCCCGCCAGAGGCCGUGCCCGACCACUACCAACACCAGCGCGAGCUGCUGCCCUUCUGUGGCCUGUACAACAUUGGCGGCUUCGCUGAACAACCCACCACAAACCCUCACCUCUACACGACAUCUCCAACCCGCCAGAGACCCGCCAUUGCUUUUCCACUCACCGCCGACGCCUUCACCCAACCCUUCCCAGACCAAUCUUCUGCCGAUAGCGGCUACGACUCCACCACCUCGCCCUCCUCGCAACGUCUGCACAAUCCCUCAAAACGCUCCUGGCACGACGAAGACGAGGUAAGGCCACUCAACACAAACUUCCUCUUCAGUGCUCGCUCCUCGACAUCAAGAGGCGCCAACUUGGCCGUUGAGUUUGACGAUGUGCCUGUCAGCCCACUGAGUGAGACGCCCAUACAUGGCAUAAAUGCAUUGCCGCCCGUACGACAGUUUGCCCAGCCUAGGUCCAGGCGUACCACAAGGCGGACCAUCAGCGACGACGACAUUGACAUGGAUUUUGAGAAUGCCGCGCGAAUCGAGGGUCGCGUGGGUGCAGGCAGUAAUAGUGAUUUCGAAGAAGCCGACUUUCUGGGCCAAGAAGAAGAGGUACACAUGAGUGGUGUUUGAUGUCCUUUCUCUCUCCCUUUCUCCCUCCAACUAAAAUCUUUCUCACGGCCUCUUUUCCUCUUUUUCUUUUGGAUGCGCUUACUCUCUCCUUCUGUUUGCAAAUCAUGGCAUUUGGCGCUACACGGUGAACUACUACGAAGAUGAUAUGUCCCUUCAUGUCGGCGCAUAUACCCGGGAUGUCGUUUUUUAGGUUUCCUUUCUUAUCUUCCUUACUUUCUAGAAUUCGUCUUCUUCUUCUUCUU